AUGAAGACUCAUUUCAGUCCCUUCAGCCUCUGACAGGUCGCUGCUUCACUUUAGGAGCUCUCAGAAUGAUGGGAAGCUGCGGCGGCAUGUCCUCCUCUCUCCGUGGAUCCAGAUAUGUCAGCUGGUGUAUGGACUCUGCAGAGUCACCAGCACCUGUAGCUACAGCUCUGAUUGCAACAGCUGCUGCAGAAGAAUGCUCUCACCAAAACCAGCAGCCGGCUGAUCCAGGAUCAGUCCCACUUCUCCUUCUGACACCACCAGAAACCAGUGCAGGAGAAACAAACACAACAUUUUCCCGUCAACACUCACAGCUGGCUUUCACUAAGACGACACAUGACAAGGCCUUCACACAGUCCCAUCAGUUAAACCCACACUCCAGCUCUGCUGUCAACAACACUGAUGAAGCCUCUAAUCGUCCUGCCGCUGGUGAGGAUGAUGGCGGUGAGGAAGGAGGAAAGGAGAACAAAGAGGACUUGUCUGUUCUGCAUCUUGAGGACACAACCUUCCUCCUUCCCAGGAGCAGUCCAGUCAUCUCCAGACGCCACAGGCCCAUCUCCUGGCAUGGAGGGGGCACCGACAGGUCUGCGUCAUCAAGCUUGGACUCUCUGUCUCCUGCGUCUGGUUCAGUCACCAGUAUGGAGGAUCUGGGAUCCAAACCGCGCUCCUGUCCCCUCCUGUCUCCUCUCCAGGAGAACAAGAAGCCGUGCUGCACCUCUGCCUCAUCACACCUGAACCGCCUCUCCAUUGCUGGGCUCCGACUUGCCUUCAGUGGACGGCAGGGAUUGGCUGAGGAGCACAGAGGGCAGGGCCAAAGCAGCUGCAAUGCCCUUCAUUCAUCAGGCCUCUCUACCUCAACACAACCCAGCAAACAGAGAAGGUGCAGCGGUAUCCCAGAAUUCCAUGCAGACAUCUUUAAGACCAGUUGUGAGCUGGAUAAGGAGAAUGCUCAUUUCAUCGUGGUGGAUAUGGUGCUGGAGGUGCUGGAGGGUGUAAAGUGGACUCUGAGCUCUGAUGGAUGGACGUCUACGAUGGAAUCUCACUGCGACAUGUGCACACACAGACACACACACAGCUGGACAGAGGGCGUACCACCACAUGAACAGAGAUGUAAAACAAACAGACACACACAGACCUGCAGUCCACACAGAAACACACACUCCUCUAAUGUACACAGACAGCCACACAGACAGGAUGAGGAGGAAGAGGAAGCAGGGAACGACAAGACCGAACAUCCGCCCAAGACUUUCUCUGUCCUCUCCACAGACAGUGGCUUCGAAGAUUGUGGAGUCGACGCGACGCUGACACCCAAAGACUCUCUCAUAAAUGCAGAGUGGCUGGCCCAGCAGCUGGUACUUGAGUUCAGGAGGAGCUGGCUCCCUUCACGAGAGCCUCGGCGUGGACGGCAAAGCCUCCGCAGCUCCCUGCAGGAGUUACCAGGUACUGGAGCUGUGGCGGUGAGCAGCGACAGCCUGGCAGAGGAGAUCAGACUGAGGACCAGGAUGAGAGGAUCUCUGAGCUGGGCCCCGCCACGUUUCCAGAUCAUCUUCACUGCUCAGCCAGCACAUAGACGCAGUGAAGUCGUGGCCCUGCAGCACUUCCUGUGUGCAGGCUGUGGGACAGAGGUGGAGCCCAGGUACAUCAAGAAACUGCGCUAUUGUGAAUAUCUCGGCAGGUAUUUCUGUGACUGCUGCCACAGCGGCGCCGAGGCCGUGAUUCCUGGUCGACUUCUGUCCUGCUGGGACUUCAGCAGAUAUCCUGUGAGUGAUUUUUCCAAACAGCUGCUGGACUCAGUUUGGAAUCAGCCUCUGUUCGACCUGACCUGCGUCGGGAAGACUCUCUACAGCAGAGUGAAAGAGCUGGAGAAGUUCAGGGAGCUCCGCGAACAGCUGAUGGACAUCAAGAAGCUGCUGAAAGCCUGCAGACUAUCAGGAAGGGUGAUGGCUGAGUUCAAACAGUUUCCUGCUCACCUGCUGGAGCCUCCACACCUCUUCUCCAUGGAUGACCUGUGGAGGGUGAAGAAGGGUCAUCUCGUGACGCAGGCCAGAGCGCUGCUGCACUCUGCUGUCGAUCAUGUUGAAAACUGUGAGCUGUGUCUGGCCCGAGGUUUCAUCUGUGAGUUCUGCAGAGAGCGAGACAUCAUCUUUCCUUUUCAGAGAGACAUAUGUCGGCGAUGUCCAGUGUGCAGGGCCUGCUUUCACAAACACUGCUAUGUGGAAAAGAAGUGUCCGAAAUGUGCUCGGAUCCAAUCACGGAAAAAACGUCUUGAUGGAUCCAGGAAAUGACAUCUGAGCAGCUGCAGCUCAACACCACCCUGUAUGAUUCAGCGAUGUCACCUUCACACAGUUUACCAUUAAACACUGCUGUACAUGAAAUUUAAAUACAUUUCAGUACUCAUCCCCUUGUAGCGAUAUAACACCUGAAUUAAUCUCAAAUAUUUCAUAUUUCCUGUGGAAAUUAAAUCAGCAUGUGAGUGAUUCUUUGACUCCAGCUACAAUACACUUGUGUGGAUAACCUUUUCAAA